UUUCCAAAUUUUAUUCACUCACAAUAAUUUUACAUAAAAUAUGCUGCCCUGUAAUGUGAUUCGAUCAUAUUGUAUUUGUAUUUGCUUAUUCUUAAUCUAAUUGAAUUGUACCAAUCAUGUUUUGAUCUGGUAGUUAAGAUUGAGAUGUUGCGAAUGAUAGGUUAUAAGUUUGAAUUCCUCUUCUUUUUUUACAAUGUACGACCUUCGUGGCUCAUAUGGAUAAAAAAAAUCUAAUCGAUCGAAUUGUCCAUUUGUUUGUGAUUUUGUAUCAAAUUUGGUAGUGUAUGUUCGAUUAGAUUGCUAUGACAGAUAUGGAUGAGUUUGUUGUCUUAAACAUAAAGUUUGGAGAAUUAAGAAAGGCAGAAUUUACAAAGAUACUUUCUGGUUUUUUUAAACGGGCUUUUAUGAUAGCUUUAAAGCUAUGUUGAAUUGUUGAUAGGGUGUAAAAUGUUUUCUAUGAAAAUGAGUUUUCCUUUUUCUCUCAUUUUUCGUUGUUUGGUAAGGGACGUAAAACUAGUUUUCCAUUAGAGCGAAGAGAGUUCUUAUAUAGGUAAAAAUUAUCUUCCUUUAAAAAAAAAGGAAAACGUAUUUUCCUCCCUUCUCCUUAGCAACUUUUUACUCUAUUCUUAUCCAUCCUCUCCAUUCUCCUUCCAUUUUACUUUAUCCCAGCUUCAGAAAAUUAGCUUUGUAAUUGAAUUUUCCGUAGUAAAACGUUUUACAUAAAAAAUCAUUUUACAUAGUAAAAAUUUUACAUCCAACCAAAGGGAGUCUAAUCAGACGAUGUAUGUCUUAUGGUCAAGUUUGCGAGUGAGUAGCAUAUGAGGAGUUGUGGUUUGGCUAGUUGGAUGUGAUCAUGUGAACAGGCUUUAUGUUAUGUUACUCUGACUUGGGUACUCGACACUUGUAUUGGAUAGGGUACGUCAUACAUACAUGUCCAAGUGUUCGACUCUUCAAUCUUUAUGAAAAAUGUAUAUAAUUUUGGAUUGAAAUGAAGUGUCAAGUUUCCAAAACUUUUCAUGGUUGAGGUGAAAUGAAGAGUUCAAAUAACAUAGCUAUUAUACACUACGAGGAUGUGUGUUUUCAGUUUUUGUAUGUGUUGACGAAUUGUCUUAGUUUUACACUUAUUUUCCUUUUGGCUGUGCUGUUUUAGAUUUUGAAAAUUGAAGAGACGGUCCUUUCUAAAUUCUAAUACAUUUUUAUGGAUAGCCGUAAUGGCGGAUCUUGGACCAAAAACUUAAGAGAGCCAAGUUUCGAUCGCCUAGACGUUAUAUUAAAAGUUGAAUUCAUAUCUAUUAUGCUACAAGUUUUUUAAAUAUAUGUAAUACUACAUAUGUAAUAAAUCUAAUAUGCCAAAAAAAAUUAUCAGGGGACGGACCCCUACCAGCUCUAACUAAUCCUCCCUUGUCGAUAAGUGGCAAAAACUUUGAUGAAAUGUAUAAUAGGCUAUGAGAAAUUUCGAUUUUCCUAAGUCCCACGGUUGUAGGGGAUUGGUUUGGAUCGGCGCCAUACUGAGAGAAGCUCUUAAGGCUGUUACGUCAAUCCAACUCACAGUUACUUAAGAAGGGAAGCAAAACACCUGGGCUGCUUAAUGUUCACAUUUUUACUGGUUACUUUCUUUUAGCAAGCUGUCAGCCCCUCACUGUUUGCUUAUCUGCAAUCCCGUAUUCACGUGCGAAGCCAGUCACCUUGAGUGAUGAUAGAUAAAUUGAUACUGCCCUUCAGUGUAGGCUAAAGCCAAAGCAUAGGGACUCGGAACUUGCUAUGAGUAACGGCCCUGUCACUGCCUUGCUACAGCUCAUGCCUUAGCUUACUGUGAUGUUGUAUCAUACAGAACUCUGAACCAGCUAGUGUGUCAUCUUGAUAAGAUUUUUUUCGGAUUCACGGUGGUACAUCUUAAUACAGUCAGUAGUUGCAGACGUGUAAUUGUGCAGAUUAUUCCUAGUUUCUAUGAUUACAGUUCACUAAUGCCUCCUCUCUACUUUGUUUGAGCUCAUGGCUGAGCUAACUAUAAUGUUGGACUUGUUGUAAAGGAUUUGCAAAUGGGUCAAUGAUGGGUUGCUAUCUUGCCUGCGAAGUAAUUGAUUUAUAUGACCAUCCAUUGACUUUUAUACUUGACUUUGGCAGUCCUUUUGUACUUUGCGCUUGGUACAUAUGACUGAUUCUUAAAUUUUGAUUUCAAUAAUUUUUUAUUGAAUGAGUGGUUGAACUUCUCCUAUCCAUACUGCCCUACCCGAGGCUAGAGAAAGGCUCAUGACAUGGACGCUCAGCCAACUCAGUCUGGGUCAUGGUUGUGUGUGCUUUUAAUUACAGUUCUCAAGAGGUGGGUUGGCUAUAUAAUCAACCUCCUGCACUCGCCCAGGAACGUCUAGGAUGGCUCCCAGCUCCUUCUUGGCCUCCUCUUGGAUGGCAUCCGCAGUAAAAGAAGUGGCCUUCUUGACUAUUUCCUGAGAAAGUGGAACGAUUGAUAUGUCACAGAAGAUGGAUGAAGUGCUGGCUGCUGUGGCUGAGACAAUAAAGAAUUUUGCAGUGAUUUACACAGUGGACAUAACAGAGGUGCCUGAUUUCAACACAAUGUAUGAGCUAUAUGAUCCAUGCACUGUCAUGUUCUUUUUCAGAAACAAGCACAUAAUGAUAGAUCUUGGUACUGGUAACAACAACAAGAUCAAUUGGGCUCUCAAGAGCAAGCAGGAGUUUAUUGACAUUGUUGAGACCGUCUAUCGUGGGGCAAGGAAGGGGCGAGGGCUCGUGAUCUCACCUAAAGACUACUCAACCAAGUAUCGUUACUAAAUGCUCAGUUGUAUGAAGAUUGAUUCCAUAGUUUUGUAUUGGAACUCUGUAUUGUUCGUGAAGCUCAGGUUCAAUGACCAGGGUGUAUAGACUGUUAUUUGGUUCUUUGUAAAAUGCAAGCUGAUUUUAUACAGCCAUCCUCCCUGAGAAAAGAUUCAGAUUAGGGUAAAUGACUAUAUGUGCUAAAACAGAUGACGAAAACCUUGGGGCUCGUGUGGUAUCACUGUAAUUUUCAGUUUUUUU